AUGGACAGUGUUUUUUCAGGCUCUUCUCUGCAGUUGCUUGCCAAACUACUUCAUGAUGCUCAAGAAGAUGAUGAUGAUGAUGAACAUGUGCCACACUGUUCUGUUAGCACCAUGACUCCUGGUAGUAUUGGACCAGUAAAGAAAGAGGCCACUGGUACUUUUCAAGUGAAAUCUGAAAACAGGAAAACUAUUUGGAGUGCAGAGGAGGUCCCAGAAGGAUCUGAAUUUGAUGAUACCUGGGACCCUAGAGAACAGCCAGAGUAUCAGAUUUUAUUCAAACAGUGUGUGGGAACAGAGGAUGUCUUCUUUGGGAUGAGCAGGAAAGACCCCUCCACAGCCUGCUGUGAAGAUGUAGUGAUUAAAAUCAAGCUACCAGAGACAAAGUACUCAGACAUCACAUUAGAUAUCCAGGACAAGGUUCUUGACCUUCGAACUCCCAAAAAGAAGCUGCUGCUGCACCUCCCCUACCAUGUAGACAGCAAGAACGGUAAAGCUCGUUUCCUCUCUGAAGAGGAGACCUUGGAAGUUACCUUGAGAGUAUCAAGGAAGUUUGAUUUCAUAAAUUUUGUCUGAUGGAUAGAGAAAUAGAGAAAGUUUGCAAAAAGUAAUCUCUUAGUUUGAAGUCUUCUCGAAACCUAACUGGUCAUGAAAUAGUAGAUUGUUUCCCUGGAACAGCCCAAGGGGAAUAUCCUUGGAGAAACUGAAUGAGUCAGGAGGAACGUAGCACCCAUAGGUUCUUAAAGCUGAGGCUGUCCAGUUCUUGCACUGCUCUGGUUAACGUUCUGCUUCCUUCAGUCUGAUACAGGCUCUGUGAAUCAGAAAAUAGGAGAUUACAGUUCUGUAAGCCAGAGAAAGUCUUUUUGUGGUUAUGGCUGAUAAGUAGCACAAUGAGGCUCUGGUCAAUGAGUCUG